AUGACACUCUCUACUUCUGACGCCCCAGAGACAGCAAUAAAUCCGUUUGAUCAAUUGGUUCUCGACUGUCAGAAUAGCCCGGAUAAAAUCCAAGCCCGGUACGAAACCCAUCGGACAAACAGAAACGCCCAAUUCAGGGAGAAACUCCUCCAUGAGGAAUUCCCGGGCUGGAAUAUCGACAAAAUUCUGAGCAGACUAGUCGAACAGUCCAAAGCGCCAACUGAAGAUGUAUUUGCCGACCACCGGCACAAUCUCAAUCUCUACGCUCGCCCGCCAAAACAUAUCAAGGAACUAAUCGCUAAGAUCCAACAUGAGAUCCGCGAUAUUGCACCUACGAUCUGGUUCUCACCACCCGAAUCUCUACACAUCACAACACUAGAGAUUGCCAGUUCACGUACCCAAGAAGAAAUCGAAGCUCUAGCUGCACGGCUCUUACAAGAUGGGACCGCGUUAAAGCUCGUCAACUAUCCAUCUGAACCACACCAUCGUGCACGCCUUGUCAAACCGAUUCUUAGCUAUGAUGCCUCCGCAAUGGCGCUGAGUUUCUUGCCUGCCGCGGGCGAGCCUAUAGCAACAGGCGGCACUACUGAGGAAAAACAGCACGAUGAUGCAUACACCUACCACAAUCUACGCCGAGAUCUGGCGGCUCAGGUUCUUCAGUCUGGGAUUGGCUUAGCGGCGAGGUAUGUUGUGCCUUCUGCGCAUGUUACGAUUGCGAGGUUUGUCAGUCAAGAUGGAUUUUUGCGGGACGGGGGAGGGAUAGACAAGGAUAGGGUGGCUGCAUUGGUUGAGAGGAUAGAGAGGGUUAAUGUGAUGUUGAGGGAGAGAUAUUGGCCGGGAGAAAAUGAAGCUCAAGAUAUGCCAGUGAAGGGGGAGUGGGUUGUUGGGCAGGGGCAAGGGCUGGAGUUUAAUAAGGGAACGUCGUGGUAUGGGGGCGGGGAGAAAGUGCUUAUUGGGAGAGAAAUUGAAUGA